AUGGCUUCUUCGAAUGUUGAAGUGCCGGUCUUCAUCGAUACUAACUUGGACACCCACAUUGCCUUGACUAUCUCUCCGCGUACCACUUAUGGACAGUUCAAGAGAGAAUUUGAGAGUACACAUUUGAAUUGUUUCCCCAAAUUUGGAGAGAUCAUGAUAAAUGGAUUAAUGGUGAAGCAGAAAUCACACUUCUAUCAUCUGCCUGAAUCAUUGCCUUUACUUCACGCUUUCCAGGGAGAAUUUGAGAGUACACAUUUGAAUUGUUUCCCCAAAUUUGGAGAGAUCAUGAUAAAUGGAUUAAUGGUGAAGCAGAAAUCACACUUCUAUCAUCUGCCUGAAUCAUUGCCUUUACUUCACGCUUUCCAGGGUAUUAAAGGAACAUGGUGUAUUCACAUUGAAGCAUGUCUUUGGAGCAGCUCUGAUCCCUCAUGUUCUUCCAAAAGUGUGGCUGCAGAAGUUGCAGAUCAUAAUUCCAAUGGUGGCAAUGUUACUGAUUGUGCAGUACUUGAUGACUGUGUCACAAGCACUAAUAUGAACACAAAUACCAAAAGAAAGAAAAAAAGGGUAAAAAGAUUUCACUACCUCAAAUCUGCACUCCUGGAUGUUCUGAGGGCUGUCCAUCUUUCAAAGAAGAAAAAAAAGAAAUGGAAGAGACCACAAAAAAAUUACUCCCUAAAUUACCCUGUAAAUACACUUGAGAAGGUUCAUCUUGAUAGGAAUAUGGGUGUCUUUGCCCCAGAGAAGUGCGGUUUCUUGGGGUCUGCAAGUGAAGCUGAGUGUAGCGGACAGUGGGACUCCUGUUCAGCAGUGGAGACUCCUGGUGAGACAUUAUCAGAAUCAGUAUCAGUUUCUGGUAUCAUCAAGAAAUACUUCUCAUCUUAUGAAGAGGUAACGUCAAGCUCAGAGGUUAUCUUUAAACCAAUCCAAAGUGGACAUAAAGAACAAUUGAAGGCUAGAACUAAUGAUUAUCCCCCAAAUGUACAAGUUGAUAUAACACCACAAUUUGCAGCCAAAACACCCAACCAAAUGAUACUUUUUCCAUUGCCAACUGAUCCUAGCUCUGAACCCUCAAGGAAAAAGCUUAAGAAAACUGAAGUUGGAAAACGUCUUCUUGUGGCCUCAAAUAAUCUUGGAAUUUCAGCAAGUAAGCAAAAACCUGCCGUUUCUCUCUUCAGAUGCUUAGAGGGAAAAUUGCUGAUGCCUAACUCCUCUUCUCUUGUUAGAAGUCUAGUCUUUGAGAUCGUCGAAGAUGAUGAUGACUGAAGAAUUUUGGUCUGCCAACAAGUUAAACUGUUUGUACUGGAAAAACAACAGUUAUACUGUUAGGAUUAUGCCAUGAAGUGUCC